AUGUCGACACUGCCAAACUCAACUCCUGCAGUUGAUGACGUCACUGACUCUGAUACAACUGAGAUAUCUUACUACGUCAUCGAGAUUGUAUUCGCUGUCUUUGCAAUAUUCGGCAAUUUAACCGUGAUCAUAAUUUACUUACUGGAGCCCCGUUUACGCAACACGCUCUCCAAUAUUUACCUGAUUUCGCUCGCUGUGAGUGAUUUCUGCAUGGGAGCCAUUGCUAUUCCAAUCAUCCUGAUCGCCCUACAAGGAAUCCCUCGAUCUUUCCCAGCUUGUCUCUUUCUACUUUCUAUAUUAGUUAUGAUCGAUGUGGCGUCGGUGUUUGCUCUUUUGGCAAUGACAUUGGACAGGUAUUACUCCAUAAGCAGGCCGUUACGUUACUGCGUGGUUGUCACAAAGUCACGCGCCGUAGCGGGCGCACUCCUAGCCUGGUUUGUUGCUUUCUUGUUCAUAGUCCCCAUGCUGGCUGGUUGGCACAACGGACCCCCUUCCCAGCCUCAAUGCUUCUUUCUAGAAGUUGUCAGCCUACAGUACAUGACAUUUCUCUUCUUCGCGGCCAUCUUGGCGCCAUUUUUCCUGAUGUGUUUUGUGUACACCCAAAUCUACCUCAUCAUAAGAAAACAGCUUAAACAAAUGAGGGCAGUUCAUGACAUAGGCAACCGUCUCCGCAGCACGCAACUGUCGUCGAACCCAGACAGGGAGAGCCGUACUCAACGCACGCAACAGCCGUCGACUAAUGACGUCACUAGAGAGAAUCAAAGUUCGCAGGACCAGAAAGCUACCGAAUUUCGACGCAUUAAACGCGAAUGGCGUACGGCUCUGUUCUUUGCGUUUCUCAUGUUGUUUUUCUUUGCAAGUUGGGUUCCAAUCUUUCUCAUUGAUGCCCUCAUAUAUUUUGGUGUGUACAACAUUCCCCAGAAUGUGAUAAACUUCUGUGUGUUUUUGUCGCAUUUUAACAGUGCGUUCAAUCCGUUUCUUUACACGAUGAAAUCUGACUUUCGUAAGGCGUUGAAACGUAUGGUUACUUGCAACGCUCGUUAAAGGCAGUGGACACUUUUGUUAAUGCUCAAAACAAUUUUUAGCAUAAACGCUUACUUGAUAAAGAGCAAUUACCAAACGUGUCCAGUGUCUUUAACAUGGGCGUCGAGUAUGUGUGUUCAAAAGUAAAAGAGUUGU